UUGUACUGGGAUAUAUUGGGAUCCUGUAUUGAGAGAUACUGGGAUCUUGUACUGGGAUCCUGUGCCGGGAGAUUCUUCAGUCCUACGCUGGGAAAUACUGGGAUCCUGCACCAAGUAGAGAGCCACUAAGGGGAGUUUGUGUUUUGGGGGAUUAGGUGAUGGCUGACGGAGAUCUGUGUAAUAGAGUAAGCAUUAGGGGAUCCAGUGAGCCAGUUUAUCAUAAAUAUUAGAAGAGAUCAGCUGUGGGGCUUUCUUACUGCAGCAAAGAGAUUUAGUGGCAAGAUUACUACAGAGUAAGCGAUCCACUGACAGGAGAUCUUCAUGAGGGAGCCAACCCUUAGCAGUGUUAAGACUGAGGAUAGGGCUCCCGGAGGAAGACACGUUGGCCACCGGGAAGCAUCGCCCGUAAUUGUGGGAGAUCCCUUUUAGUUGGCUGGUCUGUAGCGGGGAUCCCCCGGGUUCUGGUAACUGAUGUCUGCUACGUCCAGCUGUCAGCUAGAGAUCUACUGGAGGCCGUAACCCUACUGGGGCCAAGCAGGAGGCUGUCCCUGGGGUAUCUUGGGGGCUGUUGGAGGUGAGGAAUGCCCUCGUCCAUACACUCCAUCUUUGUCCAGUGUUGGAGUUCCCCCGACUCGUGUCCAGCCCGUCGUCACCGUUACUGCCCCCCGAGGACCAUGUGAUUCCCAGCUCACCGUGUAAUCCCCCCUUUCUGAUUGUGGGAUUCAUCUGGCAUGUGACAAGAGCUUUGAUAUGGAAGCUGAUGGAGAUCUGGCGAGAGAGGGAUCCAGUGUUUUGGAGGCCCAUGGCCUAACGCUCAGUACCCCGGGGUCCAGCCGCCUGCGCCCCUCGUCAUACCGAGCCCUGCGCAGCGCCGUGUCCAACCUGGCCCGCAUUGACGACUUCUACUGCGAGAAGAUCGGGUCCGGCUUCUUCUCCGAGGUCUUCAAGGUGCGGCACCGCCAGUCCGGGCAGAUCAUGGUGCUGAAAAUGAACAAGAUGAUGAGUAACCGAGCGAACAUGCUGCGCGAGGUGCAGCUAAUGAACCGGCUGUGUCACCCCAACAUCCUGAGGUUUAUGGGGGUCUGUGUGCACCAGGGGCAGCUCCACGCCCUGACGGAGUAUAUAAAUGGUGGGAAUUUGGAGCAGCUUCUCCAGAGCCCGGAGCCGCUGCCGUGGCCGGUACGUGUCAAGCUGAGUUUGGACAUCUCCAGAGGCCUGCGUUACCUCCACUCAAAGGGCGUCUUCCACAGAGACCUGACAUCCAAGAACUGCCUGGUGCGGUGUGAUGAGAGCCAGUACACGGCGGUAGUUGGUGACUUCGGUUUGGCAGAGAAGAUACCUGACCACAGUCAGACUGAGCCUCUCUCUGUGGUCGGUUCUCCGUACUGGAUGGCACCUGAGGUUCUCCGCGGGGACCUGUACAAUGAAAAGGCAGACGUCUUUGCCUUUGGCAUCAUAUUGUGUGAGAUAAUUGCCCGGAUUCCGGCAGACCCCGACUAUUUGCCCCGAACAGAGGAUUUCGGGCUCGACGUGAAGGCGUUCCGGGACAUGGUGCAGAGCGGCUGUCCGCCCCACUUCCUGCAGCUGGCCUUCCUCUGUUGCCGGAUGGACCCCGAGGCCAGGCCUUCGUUCUGUGAGGUCAGUGAGAGAUUGGAAUGGAUUUUGGAAAACAUGAACGGGAGGAAGAGGCUGACUAAGCUCAGCGCCUCUCAGAACCAUGAAACCAUCCCGAGGUCCCUGAGCCAAGGGGGAAGAGAUCUCAUCCUGCAGUUGACAGAUAAUCCGCCGCGGUCCUGGGAUCUCCCGACUCCCCCCGACCAGCGACUGUCACGAAGUCAGUCGGACAUGUUCUCUCCGCAGCCUCCACUUGUCCUGCACUCGCAAGUCCCCUACGAUGACCUUUUGCAAGACGCUCCUGCACGUGUGAACCCCUUCUCGCAGCGGGAGGACCUGAAGGGAGGUCGCAUCAAGCUAUUCGACACGCCGAGCAAGUCUGUUAUUUCGCUGACCUUCGACCUUCCGCCACCCUUGUCUUAUCAGCUGAGCAGCCCCGUCACUCCUGAGCCGGUUGUGGAGGCGCAGUGUGAUUUCUCGGACCCUGGAGGAAGGCCGAGGCGCUGCAGGUCUCUUCCAUCAUCACCAGAGAUGGUCCGUAGAGGAAGCCCCUGUCCGGUUAGCACUCCGUUACAGAGAACAGUCCGGGAGGUGGUCGGUAAACGCGAACGAGCCUUCCUGCAAACGGCCUUGGUAAAUUCAAGUGAAACUGAUAGUGUGUGUAGAGAUAAGAGACCUCAAAUAAAUGGGAUCCCGCAGGAGACGUUCCAUGGCCCCCACUGGUUAAAAAUCUCUCCAGACAACCUCUCCCAAACCAACGGAGGCUUCAACUCCUCCAGAAAUCCCGACCCAAAAUGUAUUACUGAACCUAUAAUCCAAAGUGACUGGACGCUUCCGAACGUCGGCCCCAAGCCUGUCCAUGAAAGGAAAAAAGUUCCGCUGCCAACCAAGAGAAGCCCCGGGGAGAGUUUUGUAGACCAUGUAGCCGAGAGUCCUAUAGAGAGAUGCAUCUUUCCGCGGAACGGGAAUAGGUUUAUCGGGGACCCUAUUCCAGACGGGACAGGUCACGCUUGGGCAGAGGAGACACCUAUACCCAACCCUCUGAAAUCUGACGGGGUCCAUGGAUGUGUGGCGGACUCCCGGAGAAAUGAGAGGCUCCAAACAGACAAAGAAUGCAGGUGUUCUCCAGUGAGCGCCACAAACUUGAACAGACACCGGAAGGGGGCUUCAGAAGAUGAGGAGAGUACCCCCGGUGUGGACCAUCAUAGGACGGGGGAGCCAAUGGACUGCUCUAGCAGCCCUGAUAGCACAGAAGAAAAUACUUUCUGCCAGAGUUUGCCACAGUUACUGGCCAACAGGCAGUUUCUUGUUCCCUCCCCCCCUCUCCCAUCAUCCUCAUCAUCCACGCCAUUGUCUUCUCGCUCCCCAUCCCCACCUGUCAGCACCUGGCAUCGAGGAGCACCCAGUAGACUAAGUCUUGCAGACAAUAACAAUGUUGUGUGCAGUAAACCCCUGGGAUGGGUAGGAGCGCUUCACCCAAGCCCCUUGGGGUCACUGGAGGGCAGUUUGUGGGAGGGCAGGCUUCCUGGUUUGGGGUGCGAAGGAGGAGAGAGCGGUAGCACAGCCCCCCUCCAUGCUUCGUCUAAUACAGUCUUGGACCACGAGGAGACCGUGUCCUGUCCUGCCUGCUGCCUGGGAGGCUUCAGCUUUAUAUCCGUUUGUCGCCGGCCUCCCCCCGACACGUCUCGCUACCAAAACCUGAACUGCGAGACCACUCGAGGGCUUAUCCACGCGGCCCCGAGGCCGGGACCCAGCAGGAAGCUCCCCGAAGCGCAGACAUAAGCGUUUGCAGAGCUCGUAGAGACAUUGAUACCCACACAGAACGGUUUACAAACAUGCAGCCGCGGGCCACGCGCUUCGCUCCGUCGCGUUGCAGAGAGCUGGUGCCACUUGUAACUUUUUUUUUUUUCUUCACUGUAAAAUGAGAAGAUUAAGGAAAAUAAUAUUUUUGGAGUUUACACUAACAGAGGGUGAUGUUUAGGGCUCCCAGAAGUACUUAAUUUAAUUGAAUGUUCUCCUGAAAUCAGAAUUGUAUUUAUUUUUUCCUGGGGAGGAAUUAGUUCCUCGUCAGUUCCGUGUGGUUGAUUC